AUCCACACCUUGCCACUGACCCUCCACCCUUUCCAACCAGGAGGAAGGAAGCCUUUAUCUGCUGGAGAUGUGGAAGCCCUGAAGGACACAGAGCAGCUGGAGCUCACCCUGGAAGUGUCCUCUUAAUCUUCCCGCCCACAGGACUCUGUGUGGGAACCGCACAGGCAGAGGCACUGUUGAUACUGGCAUCACAGUUCAAAUGUGCACACGAAAACACUUUCAAAACAAACUGCACAGCUUCCUUCACCAGUGUAGCUGCGGUCAAUAACAAUGGUAGCAUAGCCUCUCACCCCAGAUACCAGGGAACCAUUUUAGAAUCAGCUCCAGCUUUGCUUAAAUCACCGGCCUCCACUUUAUGCUAUGCUAAUACUUCAGCCAAUACCAAUGGGAAUGGGAAUGGCAUUCAGUAAGGCCUAGCUGAGUCUCAUCAAGAUGACGCUACUGUCUGUCCAGAGACAGACAGCUGCCUCUAUUACUGUGACAACAGGAGAAGUGGAUCAUCCACACAAUAGGAGCAUUGACCUCCAACACCUCCCUUCUCUCCCACCCCACCCGUCUCCUUCACGGGCAGAAGUCUGCCUGCAGUAAACAACCCCCUGGCAGAGCAGGCACCCUGCUGGCAUCCCUCUGCAAGAUGGGCGCGAUGCUUCCUCCGCGGAGCUUCAGCAGGUCCUGGUGCUUCCUGCCCCUCUGUGUCCUCCUGGCCGCGCUCACCCAUCGUGCCCGGACAGCGCCGGAUUUCACCGUCUACCUGCACAGAAUUCUCAGGAACCACACAACGCAUGCGUGCGAGGGAGGCACUCUCGAAAUCAGAUGCCCCUCCAAAACCACCGUUGCGAUCAUCUCUGCAUUCUACGGGCGCCGCGUGCCGAGCCAGUAUUUGUGUCCAACCACAAACCCAAACAUCACUCUUGAAGAGAACACUGAGUGCAUGUCCACUGUGGCCAAUCAGAAAGUGACGUCAGAGUGCCAGGACCACAGAAGUUGUCAGAUACCAGUCAUCAGCCAAGUGUUUGGACAUGAUCCCUGCCCUGAGACCAGCAAGUACAUGAUUGUGUCUUACAAGUGUCGCCCAGAGCACCAUAGGACUAAGAUGGUGUGUGAGAACGAGAGGCUGCGGCUGGCAUGCAAGAACGACACAGUCCUUGCAAUCUACUCUGCCUCGUUUGGCCACCAGCCGCACUGGAACCAUGAUUGCCCACAGGAAACUGACAUCGAGGCUGACAUGGAGUGUCUGUCAGCCACUGCACUGAGGAGAGUAUCUCGUCGGUGUCAUGGCAGAACCAACUGCUCCGUGCUGGCAGACAUUCAGAAUUUUGGUGACCCCUGUUUCCCUGGAACCAGGAAGCAUCUGCGAGUGUCCUACACAUGUGUUCCUAGGUAUCUCCUGGAAGAUGUUGGACGUGGAACCACGGACCCAUUUCUAUUAAAUGACUACACUCAUGGCGGUUGGUACACUGGCCCCGGCGUGUCCAGGCCUCAAAACAUUUUCACCAACUCUCUGGAAAUCUUUUCCCAAAUCCAGGGUGUUCCAGAGACCGUGGCCCUGUAUUUUGUCUCUGGGAUCUGUGCUGGGUUAGUCUUCCUGCUAUGUUUGUUUGGUCUAAAAUCCACACUUGUGCGCGAUGCCAAGGAGCUGUUCUCUGAACUAGGCGAUGAGCUUAAGGCCACACGACGCCGAGGCAACUUUGAGGACGACGAGGACGUCAUCUCUGACUCCUCCUUCCGCCGGCUAACCCAGUCGUAUCGUAUGGCAGACAUGUUCGGCCCAGACAUGAUCAUGACUGUGGAGAUGGUGGACAGGGAUGAUGAGAGGGGGAAGGACACCACGAAUGGGGAUAUGUGGCCUAACUCCAGUCCUUAUGCCAUACACAACAUAAAGUCCUCCGCUACAUAAACAACUGGACCAUGGAUUUUUUUUGUCACUUUAACAUUAGAGGGAGGUGUGUGUAGAAGUGUGUGUGGGAAUGAGUGGUGGGGGAUAGUGCACCAGUCAUAGGCCUAUGUUCAUGUGUGAAAAGAUUCAGUGUCACCCACACAAUAAAACUGUAGACUACUUA